AUGGAUUCUUCCUUUACAGGCAGUUUUGCAUCUGAAGUCGUUGAUGAAGACCUUCCAAUUGAACUCCCAUCAGACCGUGAGCAAUGAAAAAUUGACACACAAUGCACAGUUUGUCAGAUGUCUUUAAACAUUCCUGGAAUUUCACAUUCACAAAAAAAUUGUUGUAUGUUUUGUUAUCGGGGAAUCUGUGCAAAAUGCAUUUCUAAGCAAGCCUUACAUCCAGAAACCUCAAAACUAGAAAAAAUGUGUAUUAUUUGCAGUCAAAAAAUUAUAAUCACAGAUUUUAAUAGUGAAUAUAGAAAAUUCAGGCAGGAAAUAGCUGAAUUGAAAAUAAGAAUUAAUAAAGAAAUAGAUAACCGAGAAUGCUUAUCAAAAGAAAGAAAAACCUUAGAAGAAGAGAUUGAAAAUAAUCAAAGCGAUUAUGAUUUUCAAUUAGAUUUACUAUUACAGAAAAGAAAUAAAGCUACCUCAACUAAAGAAGAUUUAAAAAUAAAGAAAAAAGAAUUAGAAAUAAGGCUCAAAGAUGCAAGAGAAAAGCAAAAAACUGACUUAAAGGUCAUAGAAGAGCUGGAAAAUCAAAAAGACAAAGAAAAACAAAAUUAUGAAAAUAACCGAAACAAACUGUUUGAGAUGAAGAAAAAAUCAGAGGAAUUAGUAGCUUUAAAACUUAAGCUAUUAAGAAAAACUGAACAAUUUUCAGGAAAUUCUUUUAGUAAUUAUGAAGAAAAAUCUAAAAUUCAAGAAGUUAUUGAAGAAUUAGCUAAACAAAAAAGAAACGCUGCAGAGGAAAAUGAUAUGCUUGUUAUAGACUUGAAUCGCACAAUUAACUCUAGCAUGAGAAAAGAAAAAGAAAUUGAAAGGUUAGAAAAAGAAUUAAACGCAAAAAAUGAAUAUACAUAAAAUAGCGAUGAUGUGAUGGUUGCCCAUUAUGUCAGGCAUGUUUUUUGGAACCAAGACUUGCCCAGUAGCAUCUGGUGAUCAAAACGAGGAUCUUAAGCAUAGAACCCCAGUUUUGUGGUCUAAUCCAAUGGGCAGCAACUCGUGACUUCUUUUUGCCUAAUAAACCUGUGCAGAAUUUCGCUCGUGGAAGUUGCGACCUUACAUAUUCAGCAUUAAUCUAAUCUAAAAUGCAAAAAAUGAAAAACCAAUAAAUCCUUUUGAAAACAAAAAUCAAGAUUUAUUGGUGACUGAGGCUGAAGAAGACCAGCAAAAGACAAAAGAUGAAAACUAUGAUGAAGGCCCACAGAUUAUUCUCAAAAUGGACCCUGACAAUUACCUAGAAAAUGUAAAAAAAUCAUUCCAUCAAGUCCAAAAUAAACUUCUUGAAGAUAAAUCUAAAAACCAGAUAAUGGCAGAAAGUCCAAAAUGCAUAAGAUGUGACUUAUUUUAA